CAACCAAAUUAGGAUUGCACACCGACUAUAAUACCAGGGACGGGGAGGGACUGUUUCUUCACAUGCAACGCUUUUGUUUAUCUGGUUUGUGCUGAUACCAGAGGCGUUUGUUAAGGCAUGGUUUGGCAUUACUAUGGAUGUAGCUGCCAGCCAUCACGUGCAUAACCAAUAAUCAAUGUGUCAAGUUGUCAAUUGUGAGGUAUACUCUUACUCUGGUUGGUCUUCUUGAUGUGGACCUCAGCUGGACUUAUCUCAUCACCCUGAAUCCAGUCUCAUCACCUCUCCUCAUUUCUUCACCUCUCCUCAUCUCAUCACCCUGAAUCCAGUCUGUCCUUGAUCCUCUCUCCUCCUUCGGAAGGUUAUUCUCCCAAGAAGCUAGCAGCGUCCCUGCAGAGCUUACAGAAAUGACUAGCUUACAUGAUGAAUUGGAGAAGAAACUGCAAGAUCCAAAUGCAACACCAAUGUCUCUUCCACUAGAAUUUUUGAAAAUAAUCACAUGCGAUUUUUCCACCGAGUCAGAACUCGGUAGAGGUGGUUAUGGAGUGGUCUACAAGGGAGUUCUUCGGAGUGGGAAAAUUAUUGCUGUCAAGAAGCUGUUCGAAACACUUUUAAAACAUGAGGCGUUCCAGAAUGAGAUCAGUUUUCUUAUGGGGAUUAAGCACCAGAAUGUAGUGCAGUUUGUAGGUUACUGUGCAGAAUCAAAAUGGGAAGCGAUUGAGCAACCAAGUGGGAGUGGGAGACAUAUUUUGGCUGAAAUACAGAAAAGGUUGCUCUGCUUCGAAUAUGUAUCCAACAAAAGCCUCGACAGACAUAUUGCUGAUAGAUCUUUGGACCUUGAGUGGAAUAUUAGAUACAAGAUAAUCAUUGGGAUUUGUAACGGUUUGCAUUUCCUUCAUGAGAAAUGUCGUAUCAUUCAUUUAGAUCUCAAGCCUGAAAAUAUAUUGAUGGACUCUAAUAUGAAACCUAAAAUUGCGGAUUUUGGUCUAUCACGGCUCUUUGGGGAACAACAAUCGAAAGUUUUCACUGAUAAUCACGUGGGAACACGUGGAUAUAUGGCACCCGAAUACAUAAACCAAGGCCUAAUCACUAAGAAGGCAGACAUCUUCAGCCUGGGUGUUAUAAUUAUAGAGAUAGUCACAGGUCAUAGGGACUACCCAAAUUUCCAGCUCGAUAGUCCCGAGAGUAUUGCUACAUCUUGCCAGCAUUUCAUGGAGGAAGUACUUGGUAGUUGGAGGUAUAAAUUCGAAUCCACAGUGAAGUAUAUAGCAAUGGAAAAACUUAACCAGCAAGUAAAGGAAUGUAUCAGCAUAGCCCUAAAAUGUGUGGACCCUGUUAUGGAGAAAAGACCUACAUUGAAGAAUGUAAUUCAAGUGCUUAAUGCAGUAUACCAGAUGGAAGCGAGUAAAGACUUGCCUUCAGAAAUGCAGUGCAUGGACAAGUCGCAGGUUCUAGACACUAAUGCAAGCAACGAACUCAUACUGCAUAGUAUCACUGCAGACAUGUCCAACAUUAAGACAGGUGAUACAGUGGGGAAAGUGAAGAAAUCCCAGGAGUGUUUGCUGCCAACGCCGUUGUGGACGUCAAGCACCAGCAGUCAGAAUCAUCAAGAGGCAGCGAAGGAGUCUAGUGAGCCACAGCAAUCAAGUGACAAAACCAGUGAGCUAAUCCCGGACUCCAGCAUGAUUCUUGACAUCCACCCGCUUGAGCUCUGGUUUUUUUUUGAAAAAUAUAAGAUUAUCCCAUGCUCACUUGACAUAACAAACAAUACAGAUGAAAAAAUGGCAUUUGCGCUUAAAGAGAAGAGCAGUGAAGAGACGUGCUUCUUAAGGAGAUGGCCAACGUUUGGCGUCGUGGACCCGAGGACCACUUACACUCUCGUACUGAUAAUGGAGAAACACUGGGAGCUACCACAACAAAGAAAUGUUGAUUUAAUCCUGCACACCAGUACAUAUUGCGAAUCUUCUUGCGACGAAAAUACGUGCAUACAACAUUUUCAGAAUGCGGAACGGUUGGGGAUCACUGUGCAUCAGGUGACUCUAAAAUGUGUUUGUGCGCCUCCUCGAGGAGUGCCAAUAUUUGAGGUGAGCUUAAACAAGGAUGAGUUGAUAUGUACUAAUGCUUCCUUUCGUUUCAUGCAUGGACGAUGUAGCAGCCAAAUCCCACCUUCAAUAAAGAUCAUAUCGAUGGCAGAUUAUUCCACAUUUGGACGUAUGAUCGAGUCCGUGGAUGCAAAUCAGACUGAGCCAUUGAUUGCAACAGCUGUUUAUACUGGGUAUGUUUACAUAUGGAACUGUGACACGCAGAAAUAUGUGGGUUCUAUUAAAAUCAAAGAGGCACAUACUGCAGUUCGGUCUUUUAAAUUUAUUGCACGUAAGGGAUGGCUUGUGGUUGGAACUACCGAUGGUUUCAUCCGUGUGUACAAUUAUAAAAAGGAAAUGCAAGAAACGACGAGUUUCAAAGCGGGCGAUGAAGUGCAGUCACUAGCCAUUCAUCCAACCAAGGCAUUUGUGUUGUCAGCAUCUACUACUGGAAUAAAGCUUUGGGACUGGGACGGGGGAUGGUUCGGCUGGAAAUGCAUGCGAACUUUUCAGGAACACUCAGGCUCUGUCCGUGCAGUUGCAUUUAACCCACAGGACCACAACAGUUUUGCUAGUGCAUCUCGAGAUUGCACAAUAAAGGUUUGGAGUCUUGAUUCUCCCAAAUCCAAGUAUACUCUAUAUGGGCAUUCUAGCUGCGUGUAUUCCCUGGAUUUCUUCACACGUGAUGGUCAGCAGUAUUUGAUUACUGGCUCAGGGGACAAGACUGCCAAGGUAUGGGACAUGCACAAGAAAGAGUGUGCCGGUACACUACCUCAUAACUCUGCAGUUAUCUAUGUCCUUUCCCAUCCCACACUUCCAGUUCUAGUAACAGGUACAGAACAUGGUCAUGUUCACUUGUGGAACUCCAUUACUUUCAGGCUCAAGAGAAUACUUGCCAUUGGGAGCCCUUCACGGAUUGAUGGUCUCGCAUGUUUCAACGAGUCAGGAAGGGUUGUGGUUGCACAUGAUAUGGCACUAUCAGUGAUAGAAAUUCAGGAUGAAGAAGAACAAGGUGGUAGCAGUGGGCCACGACAUCGGCUUCAUUAAGCUCUUUAUGGGUUGUCGAUCUGAUAAAGAACAAGGUAGCGAUGAUGAAGAAGAAGAACAAGUGGUAGCAGCGGCAAUGACAUCCCCUCUGUUAAGCUACAUACGAGAAGAACAAGUGACCCGUAAGUUCGCGUCAUAGGUGUUUCCGCCACUACUGACCCGCUACCUGUAGCUUGGUCGACCGAUCGAGUUUGGGCAUGCAUUUUGUCACUCGGGUCAGUGUGUAGCGCUGAGUAGUGCCACAUCGAGGAGUGCUGUGUGGAAAUACGAGUACUAAGAUCAACAUACAGUGCCGUCGGUUGAUCUGCCGGGGUUUACUCGAUCGAUUGACACCUUCAUUCUCGUCCAUGCAUGUGUGCACGCUAUAAAAAUUCCUUGUACAGCAACUAGCGGCUCACCUCCACAGAGAAACGUCAGCGCAUCAAUAUACUCUCUUUUGUGACAAUAGUGUAUCAUAUACUUGGUCCGCUUCGCACAUGAGUCAAAUUGCGAAGACUAUGUGUGUUACUCCACGAUCACACACAAGUCCGAUGAUAACUAGCAAAAGUAGCUAUUUUAUAGUCAACAUUGAUAUUCAUCCGAUCGAAAUCUUCUUGUUCUUUA